AUGUCACCAUCCAGAAUAGGCGCCCAGGACGUUUUGGGCCAGGUAGUUGCCUCAAAUAGUCAAGACACCGCGUGUAACCUGGAGUUGCACCACUGCGUGCAACAUCUCGUGCACAAGAUAAGACUGAAGUUCAGGUUCAAUCAACGUUACGUUCCCCUUUCCUGCCACUCUUGGUGUGGCUCUCGUGGGUCGAUUGGUCGGCUGCACAUCGCUACGCAUCGCUCACAGACACUUGCCCCAAGCCAGACGGAGAACAUGGACAUGGAGGAUACGGACGGUGCAUCCAUUGCGCAUGACCUGUUCAUGAUCUACGUGUUACAAGUUGUCCCCAUCACUGUGCUCUACUAUGACUAUCUUUUGACGAUUCGCGACGAGAUCGAGAAUUACUGGCCGACCCAUCGUCCUCUGAGCUGGCUGUCUGGUCUCUUUCUUGGCACGAGAUAUCUCACCUUGCUUGGCUUCGCACCAGUGCUAGCCGCCGUGCUGUGGGGGAGGGAGUCUGUAAGCCGAUUGACCAACGCAUUCCUUAGGUGCGGGUUCAUAGUUUACUAUCAUCCAUCCUUGGAAAUAUUUCUGCAAAUACCUGUCGCAGUCCUUUGUAUUCUGCGAGUGUACGCCCUUUACGCACAAGAUCGCAGAGUACUGGUAGGACUGGUACUUUUGUUUACCGGUCUGUUGGCAGUGGGCUUGGCAUUAUUCUCGACCGUGGACGCCCACCCGACCCUAUAUUACUGGCCUGUCGCGCCCCUAUGCGGGACCUCGACUAACCUACAUGACGGUGUUCGUUUGGCCAUCGGCUGGUCCACUUUGCUGGUGUUCGAUAUGGUAAUAUUCCUGCUCACAGCAGUACGCGCCUUCAAGGUGUGGAAAGCGGGCAGGAUUGUACACGUGGUUCUCAGGGAUGGCGUCAUGUAUUUCUGCGCACUAUCGGUCUGCAACCUCGUCAACAUCGUGAUCCUCGUAGUGUCGACGCCGUUGCUCAGGACGGCCUUCGCAUCUCUCACAAAUGUACUGUCUGUCACGCUCAUCUCGAGACUGAUGUUGAACCUUCGCUCGGAUACGCGAUCUACUCCCUUGGUUGGAGUGGAUGAUACCGAGCUGUCCGUCACACCGGCAGCAGACCUCGACUCGGACAUCGCUGUAUCCGAGGCGAACGUUGGGACUCACCAGUCCGCUGUCGCGGCAGCACCAUCUGCACACGCUGAUGCAUGA